UCCCUGCCACCGAUCAAUGCUUAUAUGUACGCAUUUGUUUUGAAACUUCUAUGACUCAAAGCGAAAACGGACACAGAUACCAUGAGAAAUCUCCGUCCUUUGAUCUCAUCGUCGUUCCUCCUCUUGUUCUUAGUUGAUGCUUUCGGCGACUCUGCCUCUCCCAUAUGUCCCAUAGAUUUCAGCUAUGUCGAGACGUUCCCCUGGGACACCUCGCUUUGCCGUGCCGGAUCAGAUGGAUGUUGCCAGACCCUGUUGAGCCUGUUCGGAAUGGGGCUUGCCCAGAACCUGAAGGACACCUCGAUGUUCCAGCUCCCUAAUGUGACCGUUUCGUCCUACUGUCUUUCCGACUUCAGGUCCAGGCUCGCCAGGCUGUCGAUCCAGCCAUCCUUAGUCCCCCUGUGCUUUGAGAACUCGACUCAGUUUGUGGCCAAUGCCUCGAACUGUGACGGGAUCAUGACGGUUCAGGACUGGACGGAGAGGGUCAGGCCCAAUAGUACUCUCUACACAUCUUGCAAGGGCGACUUGACCGGGACCCGUUGCAGCCCGUGUGUCGAAGCCGGCAUGGAGGUGACUUCUCAACUCUUGGCUUUGGACCCGAAUUCGACAAAGUGCUUCUACUAUGCUGUUGUCUACGCUGCUGGAAUUGUCAAUGAGUAUGGUCCGAAAAAUUCCACGACAGCUAAAUGUGCGCUCGGCUUGCCUAUAGCCAACACGACAGGCAAUUCAUCGGACUCAUUUAGCAAUAAGAAGCUGGUGAGGAUAGUCAUGGCAUUUUUGGGUGCUAUCAUUGGCGUUCUCCUCUCCUUCGGGGUCGUAGUAUUGUACAAAAACCACGAAAGAGAGAGGAGGCAAAACGCCCCGCACGAAGAAUAUGUGAACAGCUUCCGGGACGAAGUGUUACCAAACACUGGAGCCAAAUGGUUCCAGAUAUCGGAGCUCGACCGGGCCACCAACAGGUUUUCGCAGAGGAACCUGAUCGGCCAGGGAGCGCAUGGACUUGUGUAUAGAGGGAUUCUCUCUGAUGGCACCGUGGUUGCGGUGAAACAGCUUCUUGAUUUGGAGUCGAAAGGGGACGAGGAGUUCUUGAACGAGGUCAAUAUUAUCAGCACCAUAAGGCACAGGAAUCUCCUCUCUCUCCGAGGCUGCUGUGUCACGAGCGAUGAUUUCCGGGGUAAGAUGAGAUUUCUCGUUUACGACUACAUGUCGAAUGGAAGCCUCAGCGAUAGUUUAUCCCAUGGGAUAAACAAUCUAACUUGGCCAUUGCGUAAGAACAUAAUCUUGGACGUGGCUAAAGGGAUUGCUUACCUGCAUUAUGGGAUUAAACCCGCCAUAUAUCAUCGAGACAUAAAGUCGACAAACAUUCUUCUUGACAUGGAUAUGAAGGCUAGGGUUUCUGAUUUCGGGCUGGCCAAGCAGAGCCGCGAAGGCCAGUCUCAUCUCACAACUAGAGUUGCCGGCACUUAUGGGUAUCUCGCGCCGGAAUAUGCCCUCUAUGGGCAACUAACUGAAAAGAGCGAUGUCUACAGUUUUGGAAUUGUGAUCCUUGAGAUCAUGAGCGGAAGAAAGGUGCUCGAUAUCUCAGACUCCUCGGUUCUUCUGAUCACCGACUGGGCGUGGAUGCACAUGAAGUCUAGAAAUGUGGAGGAAGUUCUCGACAAGUCGAUAAGGGAUGGAGGCCCCAAAGGGAUCAUGGAGAGGUUUGUUCGUGUGGGAAUUUUGUGUGCUCAUGUGAUGGUUGCUUUAAGACCUACCAUCACUGAGGCUAUAAAAAUGCUAGAAGGAGAUAUCGACAUACCAAGACUGCCUGAUCGACCAUUGCCUCUCAGUCAUGAGUCAUUCAGGUCUUUUUCGAGUUGUAGUACAUCUGUGAGUGAGAUUAACACAGUCAAACUCAAGCAUUAGUGCAGUACAGUUAGGAACUCGUGAUAGUGUUUGGGAUUUAUAAGAUACCAUAAUUGGGUUAGGGAUUUAUAAGGAGUAU